AUGGGUGCUACGUGGUCUCAGUUUUUCCCACCUCAGCCAACCUUGACAGAGGCCAAUCUUCCCAGUCAAAAGGGUAAGGUCUUCAUAGUCACCGGCGGGUACUCUGGCGUUGGCUAUGAACUCGUCACGAUGCUUUACCAAGCCGGAGGCAAAGUAUACCUUGCAGGCCGCUCGGAAGAAAAAGCAAAUGCUGCGAUAGCUGAAAUCAAGGCUUUACCGACCAAAGAUGCAUCGGAAGUCGGCGAAAUUGUUUUUCUACAUCUUUUGCUAGACGACUUGACUACAAUCAAGCCUGCCGUGGAAAAGUUCACCUCAGCCGAAACAAGACUAGAUGUCUUGUUCAACAAUGCAGGUGUUUCUAACCCGCCCAAGGGUUCUAUUUCUGUACAGGGCCAUGAGCUGCAACUGGCGACCAACGUUCUUGGACCGCAUUUGCUCACCCAGUUGCUGCUGCCAACCCUGCGAAACACAUCUAAAUCGCUUCCUCCAGGCAACGUACGUGUUAUUUUUACCAGCUCCAUUGCCGACCAAUUACAGGCACCCAAACAUGGAAUCGAGCUAUCAGAACUCGAAAAGCCCAACCCUGACCCUCAACACAACUACACUAUCUCCAAAUUGGGUAAUUGGUAUUUGGCUGAUGCGCUCGCUAAGCAAGCAGGCAGCGAUGGAAUAUUGACUGUGACUCAAAAUCCGGGCAAUCUGAAGAGUAAUCUAACCCGCCAUCUUCCAUCCUAUGUGUCGAUACUUGCUAGUCCAUUGCUGUACCACGCCAGGAACGGUGCCUACACCGAGCUUUGGGCGGGAUUGUCACCUGAGCUGAAGAUUGAAGAUAAUGGCAAAUAUGUUGUGCCCUGGGGUCGUGUUCACCCAAAUCCAAGACAGGAUCUCUUGUCUACCAUGAAGAGCAAGGAAGACGGUGGCAACGGAGUCGCUGCAGCCUUUGUCGAAUUUGCAGACAAAUCAAUUGCCGAAUUCAAGUAG